AUGGGGACGGAACACCUCGAUUUUCUGCUGGUGCCGCUGGGGCUACUCGCUGUGGCCGCAUACCACGCCUGGUUAAUCGUCGCCAUUCACCGGAAGCCAGAGCGUACCGUCAUCGGCCUCAACUCACUCGCCCGGCGCCGCUGGGUCGACGCAAUGAUGUCCGUGAGUUUAUAACCAUAAUCCUCUGAUCACCUCCUUUGCCUCAGCCCUCUCUCUCUCUCUCUCUCUCUCUCUCGCUUGCUUCAGGUUUUUUUGGGAUUGAGGUUCUCCAUCGUCACCCGAUAUCGAUAUGGAGUCGUGAACCUUGCUGCAAUUACCCAUCGUAGAAUCAGUGGACUGGCCUGUCGGUUUCCAGUUGGAAGAGACGAUGCUAUCAGACAAAAUCCCUCAAUCCAAGAGAGAUCUAGAUCAUUCCACGAAAAACGAGGGCUCAUAUGAACAUGGAAAUUUACAAGCAUUACGAUAUGAUUUGGAAAUUUUAAUAUUAUUCGUAUUAUUUAAUCUUAGGGAAAUUUCCAUUAUUUGGAUAUCAUCUGAAAUAUUUACGAUUAUUUUAGCUUUAUCAAGUUGUCCGUUAAUUACGUUAAUGAUACCCUUGAAUGAUUGCCCUUUUUCUUUUUUUUUUUUAUCAUGCAAUCAUUCUUAGCCAUUGCCAAUUACUACAGAGGGUAAUGACCUAAUUCGUUUCAUUUAAUGAUUGAUUAUAAAAAUAGAAAAUAAACUCGAGGGAACUCUCAUUGUUGAAGCCCAAUAUGAGGUUAUUUAGAGCCCACCAUGUGAUGACAAGUCAGAUCCCAGUUGAAGCCUUGUGGAUGGGUUAAAGCUCCAUGAAACUUAAAUUGAAGACCAAAAGAGGUGCACGAAGCCCAAUUAGACUUAGGCUUCGAAACCUGUCUGGAUCAUCCAAGAAAGCUUGUAUUGUUUUAGAAGUAUACCUUUGACUUGGCUACUAAACUUUGAGCCACAAUCCUAAUGGUUUAAUAUAGUUUGAUCAAGACGUGAAUUCAAAAUGGGCUUUUUUCUUGACCUCUGAGCUGCGGCUCACUAUGUCCAAGUAAAGGUAAUGACUUAUUCGAGGCCCCACUAAAAUUGAUGGACCGUUGACAUCUAGCUUUGUACGUGUCGAAAUAUGCGCAGUUACGAUGACCUAACACUGACUUUGUACAGACGGAAAUGAUGUGGAUUUUAUGAUCCUUAUCCGUUUGAUCGUUUAUCUCUUCAUGAGGAUCUGAUCCAGGUAUUCAGGGCAUCAUGGCUAUUUUCCACGAAACAGUAAAUUUCCAUAAGUAGAAAAUUGGUAGUGUGAGGGGAGGAUUGAAGAUGGGAGUAAGAUGGGAAAUAGGUUUCACCAGGACGGCUUGUCGAAGAUUACAAACUAGGAAUUAAAACUCUGGGUCUAUUCAUUCUCAAGGGUCCAGUCCUAAUUAAUAGGUUUCACCGUAUUCAAUGCCAAGUGGCCCAACAAUCUCAUGUGCUUUUCUCGACGACAGGAUCCACAGAAGAACGGCGUCCUGGCUGUGCAGACGGUGAGGAACAACAUCAUGGCGUCCACAGUGCUCGCCACCACGGCCAUCACCCUAGCCUCCCUCAUCGGUGUCUUCACAGGCAUCUCCACCAGCUCCUCACAACCGCCGCCGUCAUCGUUGCUGGUGCUCGGCAACAAGGCACCACUGGCGACCUCCGUCAAGUUCUUUGCGAUCACCGUCUGCUUCAUGCUCGCAUUCCUCUGCCAUGUCCAGUCUAUAAGGUACUACGCCCACGUGAGCUUCCUCGUGUCAGUGCCGCCGUCGCCGUCGAGCCGGGGAGGUCGCCUCUCCACCGCCUACGUUGCGAGGAGCCUCAACCGAGGGGGAUUAUUCUGGUCGCUUGGUCUGAGGGCGUUCUACGUCUCCUUCAACCUCUUUCUCUGGAUCUUCGGGCCGAUAGCCAUGUUCGUCUCCUGCUACGUCAUGGUCUGCAUGCUCUACUUCCUAGACACAACGACCAAGUCGACGAGAGAUCACAACGAAAGUUUAAGAGGCCAGGAGGAGAUGAAGGAGGGCGUAUGA